UCCCGGUCAAAGCGCGGGCUCCAUUUUGCAUCUCCUUCCCCAACCCAUCCGGUACGGACCCAAAUCUCGCCCAAACGCAACGAAAAGCGCAGAAGAGAUUUCCAGGAAGCAGCAGUGCUGCAGGCGCGCGGAUUCGGGGUCCGUCGUUCCUCCAUAGACCGCGAAUCCCCUCCUCUGCACCUGCGGGAUUCGCCGCCUGUCGCAGAUCCAAGAAACGCAUUCCGGGCGUGGAACCAGUUGGGCCAGGGAAGAUUUAACCAGGCGGGCCCGGACGGAGGCUAGGGUUGGGUCUGAUGCUCCCAGCUCGCUGAGGAUCGUUAUUACGAGAUAAGCUUCUGAUUCCGCCAGACGGCUCUUGAAAUGAUGGAGGAGGGGCAAUCAGCUUCAUAUACUGUGGAUGAUGCGCUCUUGUCAUCAGGUUUUGGGAGGUUCCAGAUACUGAUUCUUUCAUAUGCUGGGAUUGGCUUAAUUGCCGAAGCGAUGGAAAUGAUGCUGCUGUCAUUUGUUGGUCCAUCAGUACAGCUAGAAUGGAAGCUUACUUCUCAUCAGGAAAGCAUGAUUACAAGUGUUGUUUUUGUUGGAAUGCUGAUUGGAGCUUACUCGUGGGGUGUGGUUUCAGACAACUAUGGAAGGAGGAGAGGCUUUCUAUUUACUGCCAUCGUGACAAGUGGAGCUGGAUUCUUGAGUGCUUUUGCUCCGAACUAUCUGUCAUUAAUUUCCCUGAGAUUCUUAGUUGGUAUUGGUUUGGGAGGAGGGCCUGUUCUGGGAUCUUGGUUCUUGGAAUUUGUUCCUGCUCCAACUAGAGGAACAUGGAUGGUGGUAUUUUCUGCAUUUUGGACUGUUGGGACAAUAUUGGAGGCAUCUCUUGCAUGGACAGUUAUGCCCAAGUUUGGCUGGAGGUGGUUGUUAGCAUUAUCAGCUAUUCCAUCUUUUCUCCUGCUGCUAUUUUAUGCCAUUACGCCAGAGUCACCAAGGUUCCUUUGCAUGAAAGGCCGAACUACCGAGGCUGUGGAUGUAUUGGAGAAAAUGGCAAGACUAAACAAUGUACAACUACCUUCUGGUAGGCUUGUUUCUGACAAAAAUAUUGAGCUAGAUGAAGUCUCAGGAUCUUCAGAGUCCACGACACUUUUGUCUGGUGCCGAAGAAAGUGACAACCUAAGUGAAGAUCGUGGUUCUGAUUUCGGAGGUAUUAAGUCUGUUGGCAAGCUACUUGCACCAAAACUGAUCAGAGCAACCCUGCUUCUGUGGAUGGCCUUCUUUGGAAAUGCGUUUGCCUAUUAUGGCAUUGUUCUUCUGACAUCAGAGCUCAGUAAUGGAAAUAGGAUAUGUGCCAAACAGGAUGUUGAAUCAGUUAAUUCAACUAAUGCAAGCCUAUAUAAGAAUGUUUUCAUAUCUAGUUUUGCAGAGAUCCCAGGGUCAUUUCUAUCGGCCAUGAUCGUGGAUAGAUUUGGUCGCAAGCUUUCAAUGGCGUCGAUGCUCUUCACUAGCUGUGUUUUCUUAGUCCCACUGGUGUUCUCCCGGACAGAUAUACUAACCAGAAUCUCCCUGUUUGGUGCCCGGCUCUGUAUAUCCGCCAGCUUCACCAUUGUAUACAUAUAUGCUCCAGAGAUUUACCCGACCGCGGUGAGAACGACGGGCAUUGGCAUCGCGAGCUCAGUGGGCAGGAUCGGCGGCAUCCUUUGCCCGCUCGUCGCGGUCGCCCUGGUGCACAGCUGCCAGCAGACGACGGCGAUCCUCCUCUUCGAACUUGUAAUCUUCCUCUCCGGCCUGGCCGUCUCGUUCUUCCCCUUCGAGACGAAGGGGUGUAGACUCAACGACACCGAGGUGGACAUGAACUGAUCCACCUGGCUGGGUGUACUGUCACCCUGUGAGAGCAUUUUUUCUGUAGCGGUUACCGGAAUUGCCUAUUCAUUGGACAUUUUUAGCAACACUAAUACGGAUACGAUGGAUGUUUUACAAUUGGAAAUAAAUAAAUGAACGUGCCUCAUGGGCUGUUUCUCUCUA